CUGGCCAUCAGCAAUGAAACCGAUGCCUGUCUUGGAGAAGAAGGCAGACAGCUUCUAGGACCUGUGUUCAAGUAACAAAACGUAAACCACUAAUCCAAAAUGAAAAUUCACGGCAUAACUGCUCAUAAACUCAGACACGGGUUGCAGCUUAUUGCGCGUUCUGCUCCAGGGCUUCAAGUAUCGCUUGCUGCAACUAUACUGGGUGUUGCUGGAUUGGCUUACGCCGUAAAAGAUAUCAAAUUCUUGAAUCUUAGCAGUUUGAAAUGGUCUUCAGGCUCCAACACUUGUUCCGACGAUUCUAUGCUACUACCAGGCCUGCAAAAUUUUGGAAACAAUUGCUUUUUGAAUGCAGUUCUCCAGGCAUUAGCUAGCUGUCAGAGCUUCCGGAACUUUCUCGAGGGACUAGUUUCUGAAGUUGGGGGAUCAUCCACGGAAGGCAGUGAGGAAAACUCGUCUCUUGCCGAUGCUUUAUUUUGGUUGCUAGAAGAACUCUGCACACUUCAACAUGGAAGAACUGUAUUAAGUCCUCAGAAACUGAUGCACGCCAUGAAUGAAUAUAUUCCAAAUUUCAACAUGACAAGCCAACAGGAUGCAGAAGAAGCGCUAUAUCACCUCUUAUCUUCUUUAAGGGAAGAGUUGUCAGAGUCUUAUGUCCAUGGAUGUAUCUCUUUAGCGGAUGUGACUGGUCUUCCUAACUGUAGAGUUCUGGACUUAAAGAAGUCAAGAAAAAGUGAACCAGAAAGGUGGAGGCAAUAUUUUAUUGGGCCUUUUUAUGGGAUUCUUUGUAGCAGCUUAAUGUGCCAAAGCUGUUCGCUUCAGGUUGAGUUGAACUUGAAAGGAUAUCUGCAUUUCUCUGAAUGUUACACUACUUGUUCUUUCUCUAUGUUAAAUUGGACAUGACUGGCCCAGCAAGGAUCCUCAAGAGUUGAGGUUUACGUCACAUUGAUACUAGACUCAAGUCAAGUAUAAAACAAAUGUGAGAUACUUAAUAUGAAGUAGUUAAUAAACUUAUUCAGCCCAAGCUGGGUUGAAGCUGUGGGUAAUUAGGCCCAGCUGACCCCAAAUGGGAAGCCCAGUAGCCCACAAACCAGCAUUAGAUCAGACUAUGAUGCACGUUAAAUAGGGCUUACCUCACUCCAAAAUGAUUUUCAAGAGUGAUAUUUACCUCACACUUAUAUAAUGGAUUCACAACCAUGUGGGAUACCUAUUACUCUUUAUGCAAGACACUUUUUUUUGGAUUUUCAGCUUUUUCAGAGUUUGCAUCUUCUACCAAGAGCUGACUAUGAUGGGAGUAUUGUAUGUUGUAAAGUCAAUAUAUAAUAUUUUUUCAAUCAUUAGUGUUCUUGUUUGAGCCAUAUGAGCUAACUUAGGUGGCCAGAUGCCGUGUGGAGGAUUGUCUAAGGCGGUUCUUGGUGGCAGAGCAACUUGAGAGUUACUAUUGUAGUCACUGUUGGCACAUUGCUGCAAUAAAGUAUGCAUCUAAAAUAAUUGUAGAUGAGAUUGCUGUUAAAAAACUGAAGCUCUGCCAGGAGUUAGAUUCAUGUGAUUGCAAAGAGAUGUCAUGUCUCAGAGCAUUGCCAUGGUCAAAUGAAUUUUCGCGUACCUUCAAGCAAUUUAGUAUUGCUCACAGCCCGCAAAUCUUGUGCAUCCAUCUCCAACGCGCCUCGAUUAAUGCCUUCGGAGAAAGUGUCAAACUUCAGGGCCACAUAUCUUAUCCGUUGAUAUUGGAUAUGUCUCCAUUUACAAAGACUCAGCUGGGAACAAAGGAAUGUGAAGGAGGGCAGCAGAUUAGUCUAACGAAUUGCAUCAGGCAGAGAACAGGAAUACCCUCUUCAUAUGCCAAAGAUGGUGGUGAAUUUAGAGAAGCUGCAUUUCAAGAUUCAAAUGAUAAAGAGCUUUAUAGUCAUAGUGGAUCUUCUUCUGCCUCAGGUUCUUAUCUGCCAUACAGAGAGAAACACAUUUACCGUCUAGUUUCAGUGGUGCAACACUAUGGGAGAGUUGGAAGUGGUCAUUACAUUGUCUAUAGAAGAGUAGCUGCUAAUACUAAGCAAGACAGUCCUGCUGUAUCUUCUCCCGAGCAGUGGUAUUGCAUGUCUGACUCCGAAGUCCAUGCUGUAUCUGAGAAAGACGUUCUUGAUGCUGAAGCUAGCUUGUUGUUCUAUGAAAAAGUACCCCGACUCUGAAAUUUAUCAACUUGAGUUUGAUCCCAUUGGGCGGGAGUAUAUUAAUUCGGUUAAAAUAUAUUUGAACAAGAUGCAUUUGUUGAAUGCAUUGAGUUAUCCAUACGUGUUUACCAACUAAACAAAAGGAAACACUACCUAAAAGAUGAAUUUGUAAUUGUCAUUUACAAUCCAUUAUAUCUUCUAUUUGGGUAAAAAGGUAGAAGUAUUAUGAGAUAUUAUUGUACCUCAGUAUUUAUUCCUCCAUGUCAAUUUAUUGUAAUUCUC